AUGAGUUCCAAUAUGAGUAUGAAGCUUGUUUUUCAUAAAGAAAGCAAGAAAGUUUUGUAUGCAGAAGCAAGAAAGGAUGUUGUGGAUUUCCUUUUCUACAUUCUUACUGUACCCGUGGCCACAAUCACAAGGAUUUUCUCCAACAACAAGAAGGACAUGGGAGGCUGUUUAUUUAACCUUUACAAGAGUUUUGAAAAUCUCAACAGCGACUACAUUCAAGAGGAUCAUAAGAUAAAAGAAGAUAUCUUGUAUCCCAAGACCUCCUUUUCAGUACAGGAACGCUUAUUGUUACCGGGCACUAGACAUGCUGAUCACGAGGUCCGGGUCAUAUUAUACGGAUGCCCCGACUGUCUUCGGAAUUAUUAUGUUGAUGAUUACUAUUCGGAUAGCACAUGUCACAAUUGCAAAUGCAAAUUGAAUAACCCUGAAGUUAAAAAAGUUCGUUUGGCAAAAUCUGUGGAAAGUGGACCGGGUUUGGUGAAGGAUUUGGUAACAUACUUUGUGAUGGAUGAUUUGGAGAUCAAACCCAUGUCUACCGUUUCAAGUUUUUCUUUGUUGAACAAGUUCAAUGUUAAGGAUGUAGGUGAUAUUCAAGAAAUAGUGGUUGUUUUGGGCAAGAAUGAGGCCUUCAAGAUAUUCGAAGCUUCUAUUAAAGGAAAAGGAAAAGAAAUGCUCACCAGCAUCUACAUUGACAAACUUGUCAAACAGGAGGAGGAGAAAUAA